GGGAGCUGUGCAAAAUGUCGGAGCGGCCGGGCAGCGGGGUGGCCGCUGCCGCCGCCGUGGCCGCUAGCGAGAAGCGGAAGCUGCAAUUGCAGCGCUGGAGGGGCUCGUGUACCGACCUGGAGGCGAGCGAGCCGCGGUGGCGGGCACGGCCCGGUGCGGGGUGCAGCCCGCGGCGGGUGCGGUUUGAGGCGGCGGCCGAGUUCCUGGCGGCCUGUGCGAGCGGGGACGCGCGGGACGCGGCCGAGAUGCUGCGGGGCGGGGCCAGCGUCAACUGCGCCAACGCGGACGGCAUCAGUGCCCUGCACCAGGCAUGCAUUGAUGAAAACCUGGAAAUGGUAGAGUUUCUGCUGGCACAGAAUGCGAACGUUGACCAGUCAGACAAUGAGGGAUGGACACCACUUCAUGUGGCUGUAUCUUGCGGUUAUUCCGAAAUUGUUGAAUGUUUAAUUAACCAUGGUGCCAACAUUGCUGCUGUGAACAGUGAUGGCCAGUUGCCAAAUGACCUUGCUGAGGAGGACUACAUGGAGAGCUUUCUGCAGGCUGAGAUUACUAAGCAAGGGAUUGAUGUGGAGUCUGCGAGGCGAGAGGAGGAAGACUUGAUGCUGCAGCAUGCCAGGCAGUGGCUAAAUAGUGGAAAGAUUGAAGAUGAGUCUCACCCGAAAACUGGUGCUAAUGCCCUCCACGUUGCUGCAGCUAAAGGCUACAUCGAAGUGAUGAGGUUACUCCUUCAGGCAGGGUUCAGCGUCGCUGCACGGGACAAGGAUGGCUGGACCCCACUGCAUGCUGCUGCACACUGGGGAAUGGAGGACUCUUGCAAACUUCUCGUGGAGCAUUUCUGUGACAUGGAAGCAUUAAAUAAUUCGGGUCAGACACCGUUUGAUGUUGCAGACGAAGAUAUUUUGGGAUUACUUGAGGACCUGCAGAAGAAACAGGAUGAUUUGAGGACCGAGAAGGAAGAAAAGAUGAAGCGUGCCAUCAUCGAAACAUCUACACAGCAACAGCAACAGUCGACCAAACCCAGGAAGAGCUCUGUGUGCCGGAUGAGCAGUAGGGAGAAGAUUUCAGUGCAGGAUCUGUCAAAGGAACGCAAAACCCUGGAGACAUUGCCCCUGGACGAAAACAAGAAAGAGGAGUCCAGCAGUUCAAGUUCAGAGACAGAAGAAGCCUCGGAGUCUGACUCGGAGUGUGAAACCGCGAAAAGGAAGAAGCAGCCAGUCCUCAACGAUGCCAGUAAUGUAAACGGCACUGAGAAUCUACCACUGGUACCUCCUGUGACACUAGCUCCAACAACCCCAAAGUAUACUGAUCCAUCUCCAAAGCCAGCUGUCAAACAAGAAACCCCUUCUAGGUACACAGAUCUUCGGAAAACAAGUAGUUACGCCACGUUACAGGAUGCAGAGAUCACCUCUGAAAAGACUUUGUUGCCCAGUAUCAAGCGCUCUGUUUCCACUCCACGGCUAGGUUCAGACAAGAAGGGCAAAGAGGUGCCAGAAACCCGACUGGCUAGAGUGCCUCCAACUCCAAUCGGAAGGUCAUUGAGUGUGCCCGAGACCGGCAUUGAACGCUCAGUGAGCUCUACGUACCAGCAGGGUAAAGAACCGAGCUCUCAGAUUCCAAAGGACUUGCCUGUCACUCAACAAGGGGAAACCACUGUUCCAACAAGCAGUAUAGACUUUAAAGAGAGGCGCAGAUUGUAUCUUACCCCAGUGCGUGACGAUGAAUCGGAAUCCCAAAGAAAGGCGCGAUCACGGCACGCUCGACAGUCCAGGCGAUCGACGCAGGGUGUUACUCUCACUGAUCUUAAGGAGGCAGAGAAGACCCUCGGUAUUGCCACUGAAAAGAAACCCCAAGAGCAGCUGGAAAGGAGGGAAGAAAUGAAAGAGAAUGAUAGCAGGAGAGAAAGGAGUUCAGUGAGUGAUGACAAGGAUGUGGGUAGUCGACUGAGACCCCUGGCCACAGACACUGUUAACUCUGGCUCCUCACUCACUCCUGCGUAUUCCAGAUACUCUGUUCCUGCAUCUUCUCAGGGCUCUGAUAAAGGCGAGGAGUCGGAAAGCAGCAAAAGGGAAGGAGGGGAUGGUGACAAUAACAAUCGGAAUCGGCUAUCUGUGCGAGAUCGACGGAAAGCCAGGAAAGAACGCCGGUUUACUGGCAAAACAGAUUCCACAGAAGAGGAAGACAGCACAGAACAGAUGAACAGUAUGGAUACUUCAGCAGACAGUUCAAGUCUGGCCGACCAAAUGAGUGAUUGGACUCGGGACAGAAUUGGAACUUCCACCCAUCACAGUGCAGGCGGAGUGACAGACAGUAAUGGUGACUUCAGGAAGAUGUAUGAGAUGGUCUUGGCAGAGAAUGUGAAACUCAAGGAGCAGUUACGAGAUGCACAGUAUUACCUCUCACAGGCUAAUCAUGAGUUGGAGAGGGUAAUGAAGAGACAGGAGCAGCGUGGAGAUCAGCCUGCACAAUUAGAGCUGGAGAGAUUUGAACGAAGGGCAUUUGAAAGAAAGACAGCUGAACUGGAAGAGAGGCUACAGAUUUUAACAGAUUUAAGAGCUGACAAUCAGAGACUUAAGGAUGAGAACGCAGCGCUGAUCCGCGUCAUCAGCAGACUAUCGAAGUAGUGAAAGUGUCACUGUCCCAAUGGACCAGCUUGUGGGAGAGCAAAUGCCAGCACUGUUAAGGUGGAGCUGACCUGAGGUCUGGGUCAAAGGGGAAUAUUUUCAAUGCCAAUGAUCAUUCCAUGGCAAAUCAAAAUUACUGUUGUUGGGGGGAACGAGGGCAGAGGCAGGAGAGAGCAAAGCUAGACCAGGCGAAUCGCCGAGAUGGUUCAGGUGGACAACACUGACCAGUGUACGUUAAAUCAAAUCAACGUGCCAACCCCUCUGUCCUAAACCCUGUUACUUAACUUUCACACCUAAUUAGUGUGAAGUUUCUUCAUUGGAUUUGCAUUUGCCUGGAAGAUAUAAAUGGAAGUUGUACUUCCUAUACCCAUGUGUCUGUGUGUGCUGGCCGGUUGGACGUGUGCGUUGCUGUCUCUUGUCCUUUCACUGUGACCAUUUGGAGAUUACCACUGUCCCUUUCUCCUUGCACUCCAUGAAUAUUCCUUGCAAUCUUACUUCCACAAACAUUCCUAAGUUGCAAUUCUAGUAACAAUCAUUGUACAGAAUGUAAAAGAUUUUGAGUGCCUGUAUGCAGAUUUUUAAAAAAAAGAUAUCAUUGCAGUAUUAAAACUGAGAAAUUAAUGUGAAUGUUAAUAAUUUCAAUUUGAACUGGGGAUAAUUUUUCCAAUCUGAGCUUGAAUGGGUCAGAUUGAACUAAAUUUCAAACCUCAUUGUUUCAGAUAUACAGUAGUCUUUCCCUUGACGUGAGCUGAGAAAAUAUGAACUGAUUUUGUUCAAAUCUCUUUGCUGACCUCUUUGAAGAGGUCAGGCAGUUCCUUACUUUUUGUAUCACUGUGGUGCUGUGUCUGUACUCUGUGUGAAGUUAUGGCCUUGGAGCAAUUAGCAGUCUGUAGACCCUUUGGAAACAUUUACACCAUUUAUCUGCAGCUUGAAGGUUUUGUUUCCUAAUGGCAUCUGUGGCAGAGUGAGCUGUACCACAGUACUGCUCUAAACCCAAGGCAUUUUUCUUUUCACCUAAAUAUCUCCAUAUUGCUGGUUUUCAAUGUCCCUAACUUGCCCAGAAACAUUAUCUGAUAGUAGUGGGGCUUACGUAACCAUGAGAGUGUGUUCCAGGCAAGAACUCAUCUUGUGGGCAAAGCCAGUGGGUAGGAUGCUGAGCAUUUCUUUGUUACAUUAGCUUUGCAUACUGAUGGCCAAAAUGUGAGGUUUACAACCCUUGCUGCAAAGUAGAGCAUCUUGGUUUGUCAAUCAGGAUGACAAUCUGGCCCGGUAUACCUUACGGGGAAGGUGUGGCAACUAUUGACUUUCUGGAACAGGUUGUGACCAAGCACUUGGAAGCUAAGUUACAUCCCAUAUGUGCCUAUGAUGCUGGGGGAGGUGAUUGGGAAGCAAUCAUGAACACAAACUUGUCCUAUUAGCGACAUAUUUCCAAAACACAAAAAACUAUAGAUGCUGGACUCUGAUCUAAAAUCAGAAAAUGGUAGAAGUGCCUGUGUGGAGGAGAGAAUUUAUAUUAUUGGUCUUGAUUCUGAGACCCAUCGUGAAAGCGAAUGCUGCCUUUGAGCAUUAUUCUUUAAAAGAUUUUGGUCUGCCAGUACUGAAUGGUCUUCUGAUUUCGUAUUUAAUUUCUACCCAAAUUGUGAAUUCAGGGCCACAAAGACUAGGGUCAGUUUCUCUGGAAGUAGGUGUAUUUAUCAGGUAUAAUGGACAUUAGGAUAUCUUCCCACCUCGACUUUUUGUUCUCCAUUGUGCUCACUUUGGGUCCUGCGUCUUAAUAUUCCCAACCAGCAUGUCUUAUCUUUCAGUUUGUUAUUACAGUUAACAAGUUUUUAAUUUAUUCCUCGGCUAUUUGUCGAGUGGUUUUUACUGUUCAAUUUCUGGAAGGUAAACUGUUUGCCACAGUGGUUUGUUUAAGCUUUUCACAUGUCCGAAGCUACUCUCCCCUAUGUGGGUCACCUACUCAGACUGUCUGCCCAAGUGUUUGGCUGCUGUGCAUGCUUGUCGGGCACUAGGUGUCUGCCUGGCCCAUUCUGCUGACCACAGUCAGGCUGUAAUGAGUUUCAUAUCCAUUCCCUCCCACCCCGUGAGAGAGGUCUGAGGGCUAUCUACACUGCCUAGUGCAAUCGAUAUUUUCAUCAGUAGAUACCACAAAGCAGUUCCAAAGGCUGGAGCAGAAUUGUGCAAGUUAUAUUUUUCAAAUUAUGGAUGCAGUUCAAUGCUAUAAUUUUGUUAAUGUGAAUCAUUGCUUCCCAACCUGAAAGUAAACAGUGCCUGCAAUGCUUGUCAGAACGAUCACAGUAUCGUAGGAAGUGAGCUUCUGAUUGUUAGGUAAUUGGCAGCAAAUGUAAGUGUGGGCUGCAGGUAGUGAGGGAGGGGGUAUGUGGGUGGGUCUUUUCUAAUAAGGUGAUUAUUAUGUGCACUCAAAAAUUAUUGUACAGUUAGUGGUUUUUAUGUGAAGUUUAUAUUACAGUUAGAGACUUACUUCAGAGUGAGCAGGUGCCCUUGCCCUUGAACACGGUUUCCUUUUCCUGUAAAUUUUCUUUGUUCAGUAAAAUGAAAUGUUGGGGUGUCAAUUGCAGGAGGUGGAUUGUUCAGGACCUGGAGCUGCACAGUGUAAACGUCCUGCUAUGGAACUGCACCCAGAUCGCCAGCACAUCAUCUUUUCCAGUGUUGUUGCACUGCAAUACAGGCCAAGUUGGCCAACGUGUUGUAGGUCUGUUCCUGAACUUCUUUCCUGUAGGAUGUAGCUAAGAUUCUGUGGGUGGAGAAUAAUUGAACCCUAAACGUUCUGUAAACAUAAGUGGACUCACUGGGCCAUCUAGUGGAGAAGCUGUCAUGUACACCCAUUUAUUAAAUGCAGUACUCACUCAGCACCACCUCUUGCAUCUUGUCUUUUCCUUCAUCAUAAUGGUCUCUUUUUAAACUUCUUCCAUUUUCCUGACACGGCAGCCACAGCCUAACCUGGGGGCUGCUCCCUCCACCUUUUGGAAUUGUUUGUGAACUAUACCAACUGGAUCUUGUCACCGUUAGAGAAUGCCCGUCCCCACACACCAGCAGCACUUACUUUCAGAACCCAGCCAAGCGCACAGUCGAGACACUGCCUCUCCUACAUUUCAGCAUCUUUUAGUUUCUAAAGAAAUAUCCCCUUAGUGCUGGGACAACCAGAGAUGAUGACUUUAGUUGGCCUUCUUGCUGCUUGUUUUGCUUGAAGGGUCUUUGGGUGCAAAUGCUUUGUGGCCUUUUCUCUGUUGACACGUCAGAGGGUCUCAAUCACAGCAGUGAGGAUGCGAGACACGAUGGGGGCAGUCAGUGAGCUGUUAGAGUGUUGCAGAGUGGAAAGAAACCCUUGUGGGGGCACUCUUGGUCUAAAAUUUCAUAGAAUGAAGUGUCAAGUUUUUUUUUAAUUGUUUGAGCACUUUUGGGUAUUUCUCUCUUCCCCGCCCUCCAGGUUCCAUUAGCUAAAUGUGUUUAGUUUCUCUUUCUUAAUACUUUGAAAGGAUGGAUGUUUCCAGCUUCUUUCUCCAGAUCUCUUCACACUGAAGGUCUGGGUGGGUUGCUGUGAGUAUUUGCCAGCAAAGCUUUUCUCUGAGUACCAUACAUUAGCUAGUACCGCCAGGGAAUGGUCCAGAGAUACAGCAAGAACCAUAACAAAGUUUGCAAAAGCUGGUGAAAUCGUGUUAGGUUAAAUGUUUGUAUGUGUUGUUAAAGCAUAACUGCUCAAAUGAACUGCAGAUACUGACCAGUUACAAUUCUUUCAGACUACUGUAUAUUCAAUUACACCAUGUGAAAUUUCAAAAGGCUUCAGAUCAUUAGAGGUUCCACCUACAAUUAAUUGCCAGAAACUAUACAUGCUGUAGAUACAUAAGUGACCAAUGAAGCUUCUUCUGUUGUCAGAGCUUUCUCCCCCUCAGAAUAUAGCUCCACCUGGUUUAAAAUAACUGUUAAAGAAAUACUAUACUAAACUGUUUGAAAAACCUGGACUUUUUGAUGUAAUAUCAUUUAUUUUUAAAAAAACGAUCCUAGUGACACAAAUGGCAGAAAUGCUGUUAAACCGCAUCUCUUGAACUAUGGCAAUAAACUUGCGUGGAACUGUAAAUUUGAUCCCGGGGGAUUUUGUAUUAUCCAUCCCAGUACCCUGAGUAUGUAAUGUGACAAAAGUCCCAUUUAGGAUUGAAGGUUAGGAGGACUACCCACAAUACUUUUGAAUGUGACUGGGAUUGGCACACCCAGUGCCAUUGUGUUUAGGUAUUCCCAAGAACAGUCACAAAAUCCCCCAGUAGUCAGCCCAGUCUCAAACUAUAAUCAUUCCAGGUCAUUGGCCUGAGUUUUCCCGCUGCACAUCUCAAAGGGAUUCAGUGAUGCUCUUUGUGUGGAGAACAUUUUGAGGUGAUAUAGCGGACAUCGUCUCAGCCAAGUUCCAUUGCCAAUUAAGCCAAUGAUAAAGACCUGUGUUGAUGGGAUUGGGAAGGGUUGGCAUCAAGUGUCACAGAAAGGAUUGUGGCUUCAUUGAAUCUGAAGUAGUGCCUUGGCAUUAUGCUGCAACUUGGUUAAUAUUGAAGUACUUGUGUCAAUUUUUUUUAUAUAUAUUUCAAUCUAAAAUGUGAAGUGUAUUGUGAGUCGGCAGGCAUGCCACUAAAAGUUUUAAUUAUUGUCAAUGGCUAGGUUUAUCAGUUACAAAACAAAUUAUUCUAAAUGUCCCCUCUCCUGCCGGGAUUUGAAACAUUUUUUUGUAAGACUCUCAAAACAUCCAUGGGAUGCUGUAUCGUGUUUAAAUACUGUGCCAUGAAUGGUUAUAUGAAUAUAUGUAUAUGGAAUUUUAAAAAAAACAGAAUAUGCAUUUUUGCAAAUGUGCAAUAUACAGAAUUCUUCUACAAAGUAUUUGUUACAGCAGCUAAGCUGCAUUGUUUUAAGCACAGAAAAUGCUGUUGAUGCCUUGUGUAACUUAUGUGUAAUUAAAAGGCAGCAUUAACGUUUAUUAAACCAUAAAUUGCAUUUUAAAUUUGUAUAUAUGAUUUUACUUGGAUCCCUUUUUCCAUAAGUAAGCGAUGUAUGUAUGGUAGUUCUAUUAUUUUUGUUGACUGCAGAUUCUUGAGGAACACAGCUGGAAGAUUAUCUUAUUUUUGCUUUUGCUUAGCCUGAUGCCAUAUUACUCAUCAAUGUAAGUGUGUCUAGUCAAUACCACAAGGAGAUAUAGGAGGAGGCUGCAUUCGGCCCCUCAACAUUCAGUGUGGUCGUGGCUCAUCGAUGCUGCCCUCAACUCUGUUAGUUCUCAUAGCCCUCAGUUCCUCAGCCUGGAGGCCAAGUCAUCAGAUAUAUUCAAAGCUGAGAUUUAUUCAUCAUCAUUAUAUGACGUGGGCGAUUGCGGUCUCCAUGGCCAUGAUUGCUCUUGGCAAAUUUUUCUACAGAAGUGGUUUCCCAUUGCCCCCUUCUGGCAAGUGCCUUUACAAGACGGGUGAUCCCAGACAUGAUCAAUACUCUUCAGAGGUUGUCUGUCUGGCAUCAGUGGUCGCAGAAUCAGCUGCUCAUUCAACCACCAACCACCUGCUCCCAUGCCUUCAUGUGGCCCUGAUCGGGGGACUAAGCAGAUGCUACACCUUGCCCAAGGGUGGCCUGCAGGCGAGUAGGGAGAAUGAGAGUCGUACACCUCCUUUGGCAGAGACAUAUGACCACCCACCACCCAGAGGUUUAUUAGGUUUUUGAUUGGGGUAUAAAGGGUUAUGGGUUUGAGAGGGAUAAUAAACCAACUAUGAUUGAUGGGCCAAAUGGCCUAAAACUGCUCCUAUGUCUUAUAGUCUCUUGAAUUAUAUCUAUGGCCACCUUUAUGUGGCUCCACCACUCCCAGGGGAUGAGAAUGUCAAAGCUGCAGCACCCUCUGAGAAGACACUUUUACACACGUCGCUGACCAGCCCCACAUCCUUUAGUUAGGUUUCCUUGUUGAUGAGUCUUCCACUAGGGAAAACAUCUGAGCAUCUACCCUGACAACCACCACGAUGUUUAUGUUUGAAUAAGGCUAUUCUAAACUUCACAGAGUUUCUAAAAUUCAUCUGUCCACCCUCCACCUCUUCCCAGGAAUUGCCUCUGGUGAAUCUCCUUUAGACUGCCUCCCUUAUUCUGUAUCCUUUUUGGGUAAGAGUUAGUAUAUGAGGGGCGUUUCUUAGCUCUGGGCCUGUAAUCACUGGAGUUUAGAAGAAUGAAGGUGGGGGUAUCUCAUUGAAACCUAUUUAAAUGUUCUAGAUUAGUACAGGUGACAGGUUACAGGGAAAAAGAAGAAUAGGGUUUUGAGGGAAAGUAAAUCAAUUAUUGAAUGGCGGAGCAGACUAGAUGGGAUGAAUGGCCUAAUUCUACUACGGGACCAAAACUGCAGAUUAUUCCAGGUAAUGGUCUCACUAACACCCUGUACAACCGGAAUAAGACCCACCUAUUGUUAAAGUCCAACCCCUUUGCCACCUUAACCAUUCAUUGGACCAGCCUGGUAGCUCUGUGACUCAGACAUUAGAAAACCUUAAUCCCUCUGUGCUUCAUUCACUCAUAGUCCCUCCCCAUUUACACACCAAUUUCCCCUUACCAAAGUGCAUGCAGUCAUCGCGGGCACUUGCAUGUGGCACCUUAUCAAAUAUCUUUUGGACAUAGGAGCAGAAUUAGAGCAUCUGGCCCAUCAAGUCCAUGCCAUUCAAUCAGCCAAUGCGCUAACCAUGCCUGUAACUCCUGUAAUGCCAUGGACUCUUAACUUGGUAAUUAGCUUGUGUAUGGCACCUUGUCAAAGGCUUUCUGAAAGUCCAAAUAUACAACCAUUACAUCCCCUUUAUUACUCCUACUUAUAAUCUCAAAGCAUUACAACAGAUUUUUCAGGCCAGAUUUUCCCUUAAGAAAACCAUGCUGACCUUGUCCUGUCUUCUCCUGUGUCACCAAGUGCUCCAUAACCUCAUCCUUAACAAUUGACUCUUAACAUCUUCUCAACUACUGAGGUCAGACUAACUGGUCUAUAAUUUCCAUUUUGCUGCCUCCUUCCUUUCUUAAAGAGUGGAGUGACACUUGCAAUUUUCCAGUCCUCUGAACUAGGCCUCUUUUAGAACCCUAGUGUGCAGUUCAUCUGGUCCAAGUGACUUGUGCACCUGUAAGUCUCCCAGUUUUUUUUUAGCACUUUCUAGCUUGUAAUAGUAACUGUACUCACUUCUCUUCCCUCACACCCUUCAACACUGGGCAACUGCCACCAUUAUCCACCAUUGUCCUUGUACCAAAAAAGAUCAAGGUUAUAUGCCUGAAUGAUUGGCAUCCCAUUGCGCUCACCUCAAUAAAAAGCAAAUGCUUUGAGAGGGUGGUCAAGGAUUACAUCUGCAGCUUGCUACCACCCAGACUGGAACCCCUACAAUUCACCUACCGACACAACCAAUCAACAGACGACACAACAGCCACUGCUCUACAUACUGUCCUUACACAUCUGGAGAAGGAGGAUGCUUAUGUGAGAAUGCUGUUCUUGGACUACAAUUCCGCAUUCAACACCAUAAUUCCAUCUGGGGUUGACAGGAAGCUUAGGGACCUUAGCCUUGAACCUGCCUUGUGCAGCUGGAUCCUGAACUUCCUGUCAGAUCGCAGGCAGGUGGUAAGAGUGGGCUCCCCCCACCUCUACCCUUAUGACUCAACACAGGAGCCAGUCAGGGCUGUGUACUAUGUUCCCUGCAUUACUCCCUGUAUACCCAUGACUGUGUCGCCACCCACAGCUCUAAUCUGUGAAUUAAAUUUACCAACAACACUACAUUGAUUGGUCUAAUCUCAAACAAUAAUGAGGUGGCCUACUGGGAAGAAGUCAUCUCUCUGACACACUGGUGUCAAGAAAACAACCUCUCCCUCAAUGUUGCGAAAACAAAGGUACUGGUUGUGGAUUAUAGGAGGAAUGGAGUCGGGCUAAUCCCUAUUGACAUCAAUGGAUCUGGGCUUGAGAGGGUAAAUAGUUUUAAGUUCUUCAGCAUCCACAUCACCCUCACCUGGUCUGUACACCAGCUGUGUGGUGAAAAAGGCACAGCACCUCUUUCACCCCAGACAGUUGAAGUUUGGUGUGGGCCCCCAAAUCCUAAGAACUUUUUACAGGGACACAAUUGAGAGCAUCCAGACUAGCUGCAUCACUGCCUGGUGUGGGAACUGUACCUCUGUUAAUCGCAGGAUUCUGCAGAGAGUAGUGUGGACAGCCCAGCACACCUGUAGUUAUGAAUUUACCAUGAUUCAGGACAUUUUCAAAGAUAGGUGUAAAAAAAAAAGGGCUCAAAGGUUCUUUGGGGACCUGAGUCACCCCAACCAUGGUCUAUUCCAGCUGCCAUCUGGGAAGUAGUACCGCAGCAUAAAAACCAGGACCAUCCGUCCAGGGUGGCGUCUUCCACCAGGCCAUCAGACUGAUGAACUCGCGCUGAUUUGAGUGUAUUUCUAUAUUACAUUGAUGUUCUAUAAGUUGUUAUAAUUUACUAUCAUUGCACAUGUAGAUGGAGAUGUAACAUAAAGAUUUUUACUCAUG